ACCAAUGUGAACGUAAUCCUAUCGCUCUAACUGCUAAUGAGAAAAAAAUGAUAUUAUCCAUUUAUAAUUAUAUUCAUUCUCUUGAAAUUAUUAAUCUGCGCCAAGAAGUUUCUCUAGCAACAGGAGUUGGUGAAGCAACUGUUGCCUAUGUACUUGCAGAAUUCAAUAAAACUGGGACAGUUAUAGCAUCAAAACAAGAUUAUUGGUCUUCUAAAACUCUUAAAAUGGAGUAUAUAAAAGCUAUCCAAGACCUUAUUUUAACUGCAAAUAAAAAUGAAAUUCUACUUUCUCUUCGAAUAUUUGUUUUAGACUUAACUAAGUUUCCG